AUGCAAUAUAAAUUUCUUUAUCAAAACAAAAUUAACAACGACAUUAAAUUAAAAUCCUCUGGAAAUCCUUUUGAACAAUUUUUGAAAAAUCUCGAGCUACCCAAAUUCUUGUCAACUCGUCAUCAUCAUCAUAGCAAUAGCAAACCAAAAAAAUCAUUUAGAAAAAUCUUCAGCAAAAUCAUUCACCCAAUUAAUAAAUCAUGUGAUUUCAGCAAGACCAAUUGUCCCUACGAGAUUUUCAAACAAUCGUUAGAAAAAAAUUCUGAUAAAAUACCAUCAAUAGAUUUUAAUAUUAUGAAAAUCAAAGUAAAUUUCUAUUGGGAUUUGGACACCGUCACCGAGAUAAAAAUUCCAUUCGGCGUUUCGUUUAGAUCCUUUUUAAAUUAUUUGGCCGAGAAUGACUAUUUCAAAAUACCCGUCGAUGAUUUAACUUUGUUGAUGCAAACAGAUUUAUACGAUCCACAUUACGACAUCAUCAAAGCUAAUGGAGUCUCUGAUACAACAAAUGCGCAACUUUUAGAAAUUUUACUAAAGAAUAAUAAAUUGAAGAUCAUUAAUAACGAAGACUCGUUUAAUUAUUAUAAAUGCUUGAUUAAUAGCGGCAUAUCGAUCACGAUUUUUUCCAAAUCUUAUUUGUAA